AUGACAUUAACAACAGUGACGACAACACGAAACAGAACACACUCCUCGAUACGAGCGAUUAAAUUAGUAAAAGGACAUUUAUCAUUCCUAUUAACAUUACUAAUAUUCUCGAAUAUAACAACAAUAACCAUAAAUGCUCAAGGGCUCGAUAACAUACCGUUGCUUGCUGCCCACUCGGCCGCAAUGGUUAAAAACAAUAUGGUGAUAUUUGGUGGAAUUGAGAUUUCAAAUGGGAUUGGAGACAUAUAUAACAAUUAUAGCGUAGGUGGCACGAACCAACUUUAUGUAUGGAAUGCGGAUGCGCAUCAGUGGUCUGCUCCGAAAGUACAGGGUUCGAUACCUUUAGCGCAAAAAUUUGCUCCGGCUGUGACAACCCAAAGUGAUAAUAUAAUAAUGGUGCAACUGACAAAUGCUAAUAGUGCAGCAGAGAGUCUUGUCAAACUUGAUACAUCAGGUUGGACUUGGGUUACAGCACCACCAGCUCCGCCAU